AUGGAGAUUCCAGACUACAUCAAUCCUCGGAAUAUCAACGAAAUGGUCAGCAUGGAAAUGAAACGCAUUCAGAUGAAUUGUGCACAGAAACAGCAACAAUAUGUUGAACAAAUGCUAAUGGAAAAUCCUAUUCCAUUUGAACGGCGAACCACGGCUGCAACAAGGGAAAUUAACAGUCAAUUGUCAGCAGAUCAAUUGCAAAUCCUACAACAACGCUCGGAGGCAUGUCGUCGUUCGCGUUAUAACAGCAAAAUUCGAAAAGCCAAAGCAAAAUAUCGCCACAAAUACAUGACUCAGAAAUUAUUGCAAAGUUCUAAAAUGUUUAAUUGCAUUCAGGAUUUAAUUGGCCAGGCUGAAAGUCAAUUAUUGGCUCUGGGACUUGGCAUGGAGAAACUGCAGCAGUUACGUAAAACGUAUGGCAUGGAUAUGACCGUGGAAUGUACCACAAAUUUGGAGCACCAGCUUAAAAUGGAAUAG